AUGCUUGGCUUGGACGACUAUGGCAGCGACCACAGCGACGGCGAGUCGCCUGUAGACGUCGCUGUUCCUCCACCACCAAAACGGGCUCCCAAAAAGCUCGCAAUUAAACUCCCAACGUUGUCAACCUUGCCUUCAAAAGAUCAAGAUGAGAUACCAGAGGAGAGACCUACAAAAAGGCCACGACUAGGCGCUGGUUCCUCUUCUCUACUUUCAAUGUUGCCCGUUCCGAAGAAGGGUACCCCGAAUACUCUGCCACAACGCGUAUUAGGCGGUGGGACUGGCCCCGGACUCGUUUUCAACACUGGGCGCUCGACGCAGAGGGAAACGGAUGAGUCGACAGUGGAACCUGACUUCAAAGAUGUUAACACGUCCCCACCAACAAGUAAUGUCUCCGAGAGCGAAUCAUCACGUCCUUCUUUGUUACCACCUUCUCUACUCAAACGCAAGGCAAACAUCUCUCUCGACUCAACUCAAGCUCGCUCUGUUUCGAGUGCUUCGUCAACACCACCUGUUGAUUUCUUUUCACUCGGUAGCACAUCAAGUUCCAACGCGACUUCUGCGUAUGCUAAACCUACUCUGCCUAAAUUCUCGGCUGCUCCCUCCUUACCUACGUUUGAACCGCCGGAGCCUACUCCCACGGACCCUUAUCCGGGAUACUACCAACUUCCUUCAGGUGCAUGGGCAGCGUAUGAACCAGAAUACUAUGCCAAAAUUUCCACAAAGUGGCAAAAUGAAUACGAUGCACAUGUUCGCGCCCUCGAAAAAGGUACUGUUAGGGGUUUCGAGGGCCUACAAAAUGCUGCCGUGGAAGAAAUCGAUGCGUUGAAAGAAAUGGAAAAGGCCAAGAAAGAGAUAAAGGAAAGGGAGGAUAGGAAGGCAAUAACAAAGGGUGCUGGCGAAGAAGUUGCCGCUGCGCCAAGGAUGAAUAUCAAUGCAAGCAAGACGAGUGGAAUUGCAAGAUCAAGGCAUCAACUUUCCACACUUUUGAGGGAGGCGUAUGAGAAUAGGGAGGCCUUGGAAGAGAAAAUCGCCGAGGGUAGACGAAACCGCAAGGAGGCGGGAAACAAGUAUGGUUUCUAA